AUGAAUCAUACAAGGUAUGAUGAACUGAUGACAUCAUUUAAUGAGUACAAUGACAUUGUGAAUACAUUGUAUAGACUAAAUACAUUCGAUGAAAGCAAAAUCAAUGAAAUAUUUGAAAAAAUUAAAGUUAUCAAUAAGUCAAUUCUUUCUGUCGAAGAAAUCAUUUCGAUAAUAUCAACAGCAUCACUAUACAGAAAUCGAUACAUGAAAUCAUACUUUUCAAUUUUCAAAAAAGUUUAUGAUGAAUAUCACCCAACACAAAUUCGUCCAGAAAAAAUAAUAUAUGGUCUAUUAAGUUUUUUUUGGAACAAUGAUAGGAAACAAAUUUUCGAAAAGUACGAAGAACAAAAUUAUUCGAUUAAAAAUCAUGAAAAAGGAACCAUUUAUAGAGCAAUCAUGGAAGACGACAUGAAUUCAUUUAUUCAAUUCACGGAGAGAGAAGAUUUCGAUGAAGAUCAAUUACUUAAGAGUGAUUUUUAUCCCUAUUUUUACAAAGGAUAUUCAUUAAUUGAAUUAUGUUGUUAUCAUGGAUCUGUUAAUUGUUUCAAGCUAUUAAUAUCAAAAUUUCAAUCAAAAAUAACUCAAAAAUGUCUCGAAUUCUCAUUUCUUAGUGGAAAUGCAGAAAUCAUGAGCGAAUGUUUAAAGGUUCAAACUCCAAACAAAUCUACUAUGGAAUAUGCAAUUAUUUCACACAAUAUUGACUUUAUAUCAUUUUUGAUGAAUGAAUAUAAUAUUGAUAUCGAUUUAGAUCAAUGCUGUAAAUAUCAUAACAUUCAAUAA